AUGGCGUGCCAGGAGAGAGGAGGAGGCCGCCGCUUCGCGUCGUGCAAGGAACCACGACGUCGUCCACGCGGCGGCAAGAAGCAGCGCGGGAAGGGCAAUCGCGGCGGAGGAGACAGAGGCGGUGGCGACGAUCGCGGGGCGGACGACGACACCUGCCUCAACUGUGGUGAUCGCGGCCACUGGGCGCGCGACUGCCGCCAGCCGCGCCGUGGUGGUGGUGACCGCGGCGGCGGCGGUGGCAACCAAGGCGGAGGAGGCAACCGCGUUGGAGGUGAUCGAGGUGGACGGUGCGGUGGUGGGCGUGGCGGUGUCGCGCGCGACGCCGAGAAAAGCGAGGAGGGCGAUGAUGGUGCUCUGUUCCUCGCCCACGGCUUCCUCGAGCUCAACGAGAAGGCCGAAGCCAUCAAUGGCACAGUAGUUGAAAUGCAUGACAUACACCUGGACAAACUUGAUGCAAGAUUAGCUGUAAACUUGCCUGAGAUCAAUAUCUUAGUCAUAUCAAGUUCCCGAUGGUUCUUCAGGAAAAAAUAUCUGUAUGAAGGUGGGAAACUCACUGGAUGCAUAUACUGCUCAGAGGAUAACAUCACAAGCUUCGAUGCCACUACAGCUAUUCAGAGGGCGCUUAGGACGACCCUCAAUAACUUGAGCAACUGCCAAGAAUGUGGAUUACAGUUAACAUUAGUAAGAACAGCAACACCAGCACAUUUUGAAAAUGGCUUCUGGAAUACUGGAGGAUAUUGCAAUAGAACAGAACCGAUGGGAGGAGAAGCAAUGACAACAACAGUAGAAUGGGCAAUAAGAAAUGUGCAGGUUGAGGAAGCUAUCAGAGCACAGAACGAAAACAGCCACAAGCAGACGGAUGAAUAUAGAGGUUUUAGAUAUAACCAAAGCUAUGUCCAUGAGACCUGA